AUGGCUAAAAACGACUUGAAGCUUUUGGGUGGUUGGUUCAGCCCUUUUGCCCUAAGGGUUCGGAUUGCCCUUAACCUCAAGGGUGUAGAGUAUGAGGUUAUUGAAGAGACCUUGAAUCCCAAAAGUGACCUUCUUCUUAAGUCCAACCCUGUGCACAAGAAAAUCCCAGUUCUCCUCCUUGCAGAUAAAGCCAUAUGUGAAUCUGCAAUCAUAGUUGAAUACAUCGAUGAGGUUUGGACCAAUGCUCCCUUCAUCCUUCCGCAAAAUGCCUAUGAUCGAGCUAAUGCCCGAUUUUGGGUUGCUUACAUCGAUGAAAAGUGGGUUCCGGCUUUGAAAAGUAUUCUAAGGGCUGAAGAUGAUGAUGACGAAGCAAAGAAGCCACACAUCGAGGUAGCAGAAGAAGUGUUUGAGAGAAUGGAAGAAGCGUUUAACAAGGGAAGUGAAGGGAAGGCCCUUUUCGGAGGAGACACGAUUGGAUUCGUUGAUAUUGGUUUAGGAAGCUUUUUGAGUUGGAUAAGAGUGGUAGAGAAGAUUAAUGGAAGAAAAUUGCUUGAUGAAACCAAGCACCCUGGCUUGAUCCAAUGGGCUCAAACGUUUUCUGCUCAUCCUGCUGUAAAUGGCCUUCUGCCAGAACCUGACAAGCUGAUUGAAAUAUCCAAAGCUUUUAAGCAAAAUUUAAUGGCUGCUGCUGCUGCUGCAGCUGCAACAAAGUAA